UAGAGAAUUGGACAGGAUUGCAGACUCUGAGAGACGUCGAUAUGGAGCUCUACACUGGACUCCAGAGACUAACCAUCAUGAAUUGCAACCUGAGGGUGAUCCAGGCUCGAGCGUUCGCUCAGAACCCACACCUACGCUACAUAAACUUGUCAAAGAAUCCUCUCUCCACUCUGUCAUGGCAACUCUUCCAGCACCUCCAACUCUCCGAGCUGCGUCUUGAUGGUGUGGUUUUCGACUGUGGUUGUGAUAUCCGCUGGAUCCAGCUGUGGCAGCAGAGAGGAGAGGCCGGGCUCCACACACAGCAGCUGUACUGCAGGAACGGAGCCUCUAAGAUACGACUGCACAACAUGUACAUCAACAACUGUGACUUACCAGAGAUCAGUGUGAGCCACAGCAGUGUGUUGGUGAUGGAGGGUGACAAUGUGACAGUGAGCUGCAAUGGAUCCGGAUCACCACUGCCAGAAGUGGACUGGACUGUCAGCGGCCUGCACUCCAUCAACACACACCUGUCCAAUGUGUACUGGCCCAAUAUCCACUCCAUCAACCUGACUCUUUUCAACAUCAGCCGAGAUGACAACAACUUCCAGCUGACCUGCAUUGCUGAGAAUGUGGUGGGGAUGACCAACUCCUCCAUCCAGCUCAACGUACAGUUUCCUCCAGUCAUCUUGAGACUGGCUGAGCCCGAGCAACGUCUCCAUACGUGCAUUGAGUUCACGGUUCGGGGCUACCCCCAACCCAAGCUACGUUGGUUCUACAAGCAAAAAGAGCUUGUUGAGAAUGAUUACAUCCGAACUGAGAUGGACUUCUACCAGGACUAUCUGGAGGGCUGUCUGAUCUUUCAGAACCCAACACACAUCAACAACGGCAACUACACUCUGGAGGCCAGCAACUCCCUGGGAAAAGUCACCAAGUCAGUGUAUGGCCACUUCCUCAUGGAGCCGGGCAUCAAUGAUGAAGCCACUACAGCACCAUCAGACUCAGGCCGACCAGAUGAAGACACAUUCGGGGUUUCCAUCGCUGUUGGUUUGGCAGGAUUCGCUUGUGUCCUCCUCCUCGUCCUCUUUGUUCUCAUCAACAAAUAUGGCCGGCGCUCCAAGUUCGGCAUGAAAGGUCCAGUUGCUGUGAUAAGUGGCGAAGAAGACUCAGCGAGCCCUCUUCAUCAUGUCAAUCAUGGGAUUAUUACCCCUUGCACUCUGGAUGCGGGUCCUGAUGCUGUUGUCAUAGGGAUGACUCGUAUUCCUGUGGUGGAGAAUCCUCAGUACUUCAGACAUGGACACAACUGCAACAAACCAACUACCCUUGUCCAACAUAUAAAAAGGAGAGACAUCAUCCUGAAGAGGGAGUUGGGUGAGGGAGCCUUUGGUAAAGUCUUCUUGGCAGAGUGUUACAACCUGUGCCCGACCAAGGACAAGAUGUUGGUAGCUGUCAAGACGCUAAAAGAUCCCAACCUGUCGGCAAGGAAGGACUUCCAGAGAGAGGCAGAGCUGCUGACCAACCUGCAGCACGACCACAUUGUUAAAUUCUACGGCGUGUGUGUAGACGGAGACCCUCUCAUCAUGGUGUUUGAGUACAUGAAGCACGGAGACCUCAACAAAUUCCUCAGAGCCCACGGCCCAGAUGCCAUGAUCCUGGUGGACGGUCAGCCACUGCAAUCCAACGGAGAGCUGAGCCUUUCCCAGAUGCUGCACAUCGCCACUCAGAUUGCCUCAGGCAUGGUGUACCUGGCCUCCCAGCACUUUGUCCACAGAGAUCUGGCAACCCGCAAUUGCCUGGUGGGCAAUGGCCUGUUGGUCAAGAUUGGAGACUUCGGCAUGUCCAGAGACAUCUAUAGCAGUGACUACUACAGGGUUGGAGGACAUACCAUGCUACCUAUUCGCUGGAUGCCCCCGGAGAGCAUCAUGUACAGGAAAUUUUCCACAGAGAGUGAUGUCUGGAGCUUUGGGGUCAUCCUCUGGGAGAUUUUCACCUAUGGGAAGCAGCCUUGGUUUCAGCUGGGUAACAAUGAGGUUAUUGAAUGCAUAACCCAGGGACGGGUUCUGGAGAGGCCUCGGAUUUGUCCUAAGGAGGUGUAUGACAUCAUGCUGGGCUGCUGGCAGAGGGAACCGCAGCAGCGACUGAACGUUAAGGACAUUCAGAAAGUCCUGUUUGCCAUGGGAAAAGCCACGCCGGUCUACCUGGACAUCCUUGGCUAGCAGCAGUCCUGGGUGGCCCAUUCCUCGCCAGACAGUGUACAGACAGAUGACACACAUGAACCCAGGAAUAACCAAACCAACCUGCUCCACUGUCGAAAAACACCUACAAUGUUUGGGAAGGACUUAAGUGCCUGCAACACUUUUGGAUAUAGUGGAUAAAACAUAUUCAAAAAAACACGCACUUUUACAUUUUGUUUACUUGCGUAUACGAUGUACAGGUUUGCUGAAAAAAACUGCAAAACUACACAAAAAUGGAGAUGAAAAGGGAAGUAAUGUAGACUGGCAAAGAGGAAAGUUGCCACCGCUUGAGUCUGAGUUACAGAGAGAGACCACGUCAGAGUUGAAAUCUAUCCUGGGUUUGGUUUUAUGAAUAUAGAAAUAUUACUUAUAUUUUAUAUUUAUUUCUUUUUGUCAAGGUGUUAGAGGGUCUGCCAUGUGUGAUGCUAAGGGCUUGGCCCUGUCUGACCAACUAUUGGCAGGGACUUGACGAUGGAAGCCUUACUUGCACUCUGAUUGGCCGGCACUAAGCUUUUAAUGGGAACUCUGCUUUGUGGAAUAACACUGGAUAGAUGGAGAAAAAAAAAAGAAAAAAAAGAGAAUUCCGUAGAGGACCUACCCAAUCAGACAACUGACAAAUCUAUUUUAAUUUAAAUAUAAUGUACAUAUUGUAAAAUUCUAUGUGUCAAAAUUAUGUUAACUUAUUUUUUCGGACAUUAUUUCAGUUCCUUCUGACUGUGACCUGGGUGGCUAAAAGUUUAAGCUAUGGUAUUUGUUGUCGCUCCUAAUUUAGAGAUUUCUCUUCUCUGCAAUUACUGGUGUCAGUGCUGGUAAGUUGUCUCACGAGGAGAAGACGAGUACAGUUCGAAUAUCCCACUGACACCGAAUCACAGACUUUAGGAGAAUAGAAGACGACUCGGAGCCAUGAUUCAACGCGACACCUUUUCAAAGACGUGCUGAAACCUCAUCUCCACAGUUCAUUUGUGCCACAGCCCUCAAACACGUGCACACACACACACACUUUGAGAAACCACUCUUUUAUUUGUUCGGACUUUAUGGCAUAAAACCACUUUUCCACUCUUGGGAAAGAAAAACAACAUUUUUGUAACUAAGAUUAUAAAUUAUUUGUUAGGUAAUAACAUUAAGAAAUGGUUUGACAUUGGGAGACACUUUCUGGGAGUUAGAUACUGCUCCUAUUAUCUGUCAGCUCAAUAUGAAUCUACAGCCAGUUGGAUAAGCUUUGCAUAAAGACUGGGAACAGUGAGACGGGCAGUCUGGCUCUGUGCUUAGGGGAGGAAAUCUGCCUGACAACAACUUUAAAGCACCUUUAGAAUUAAGAUGUUUUUAAGAGCACAUCAUUCAAAUUCAGAGACAAAAGCCAAACUAAAAUAAUAGGACUCAGCAAUAUGUAAAAUGUGGAUAUAUCCAAGGACGUACAGGUUAUACGUCAGGGUAGAAAACGAUUAUUUAACUAUUACUGCAAAAAUGAAAAGGACUCAAGAGAUGUGCCGGUCAAUAGUAUGGAUAUGGAUGAAACCACGUUAGGAUAACAAAUCAGAGGAAGUUUAUUUUGUACUUCAGCCUUAAAUUCCAAAGGCUGUGGUCGCUGGUGAUAUACUUUUAGAAUAUCAUGAACCACAGACCUUUCUCAAGACUGAUAAAAGAAAUGUUCCAUGCAAGAUUAGAUUGAGUUGCUGUGUCAGCGCCGGAGAAUGGCCUGGCUGUGUCCAUUAUUAUUCUGCUGUAGUGAAAAACACUUUGGCCACUUUGUACUUUGUAUGCGCUCACUGCUUUGCCCAGGAUGCAGUGACCGUGCCCCUUCUGUGGAAGGUUAUUCUGGUGGAACACACGGAGGCUUGAUCGUUGUCAUUUUUAAACGGCUAAAUGGAAAACACAGCUGUGAAAGUUGAUGGUAACAAGCCGGAAGCUGGAGGAGAGAGAAAAAAGAAAAAGAAAGCCAAGCUCAGCUCUGUAUUCUGUUCUGUGUAUAAUCUAGGAAAACCAAAAGUGAAAGAGCAUCCAUGCACCACAAGCCUGUCUCUCUCCCCCAAGUACACGGUGUUCUUCACAUCUUAAAUAUUAAGUUCUGGAUGUGUCAGAGCCAGCCCAGCUUAGUUCUCCUUGUUUCCAGUCUGUAUCCUCGGCUAAACUUAAUUUUUUUAUUUCAUUUUUUUUUACCCCUGGCAAGAAAGCAACUCAUUGUAUUUUUCAUCAUGUUAAACCAAAUUAAAAGCCAUGAAAAGAAACAAUAUCCCACACAUUUCAUUUGAAACAACAACACCAUUCAUUCCUCUCAAUUUCUCAUGAAUGGAAUUUAAAGCGUGUUCACACUUCUCUUCUUGGCACUUUGUGGCCUCUGCAUGUUCAGUGAUGACGAGGUUUUACACCCAUCCGUUGCUUUGAUCAAAACAACAAACUCUCUCCCGUCACAUGAAGAGCGGAGCCACUGAUGCAGGCAGACAGAAUUGGAAAACAUGAAACAUGGACACAAAACUGACGACCCCAAAUUGCAAAAACCAAGAACUCCAACCAAAUGGUAUAAGUUUUAAAGAGUCAUCCGUUAUUAAGUUGACCAACUGAGUUAGUUUUUACUGAGGGGAAACCUGUGCAUUUCUCCUACAUGAAUGAAAACAAAAAAAAACCUCAGGCAACACGUUUAUUUUAUGACGUAUCUGGAUCUAUGUUUGGGACGGUAACUCUUCACAUCGCUUUGCAUCCUGACAGUGUCACAGUGUUGUCUCUGCUCCCCUCGGGACUGUGUCAUCAUUAAUAAGCAUACAGUUAUUACAAGUGUUUUAUAUGAGAGGCAGGAUCGAGUCCAAGGAGUUACCCAAAGCAUUCUGUUUGUGUGUAUUCUCUCGUGGUAAAGAUAAACGCUUAAAGACAUUAUGACACAGACUGUGAGCAUUUGCAGGGUAUUGUAAUCCUUUCAUGGUGAGUUGAUUAUCGUUUAAAACAUUCUUUUUUUUUUUCUUCUUGGAUGAACUAACUGAACACUUUUUGAAGCAAAGUUGGCAUAUUAUGAUGUACACAUGUUACAGAAUAUAAAAAUGUGGUAUAACAAUUGCAGUAUAUAAAAUACUGGUAUUCCAUGAUAGAUCUUUGUAUCAAUGUGAUUCUCUUAAGAAAAUGUCUUCAAACAAUCAAA